GCCGGUCGAGCCGCAUGGCUGCGGGCUGCGCGGAGUCGCCGCGGCCCAAGGCGGCCUCCGUGGCGGGUCAGGCCGGGGCUCUGCCCUGCCUGGAGCUGCCGAGCUACGCCGCGGCGUGUGCGCUGGUGAGCAGCCGCUACUCCUGCCUGGUGGCCGCCCCGCACCGCAGGCACAUCGCCCUGUCGCCCCGCUACCUGAGCAGGAAGCGCACGGGCAUCCGCGAGCAGCUGGACGCCGAGCUCCUGCGCUACUCCGAGAGCCUUUUAGGUGUCCCUAUUGCAUAUGAUAACAUCAGAGUUGUGGGUGAACUGGGAGAUAUUUAUGAUGAUCAAGGACACAUUCAUCUUAACAUUGAAGCAGAUUUUGUUAUUUUCUGCCCUGAACCAGGGCAGAAGUUAAUGGGUACAGUUAAUAAAGUAUCUUCUAGUCAUAUUGGCUGUGUCGUACAUGGGUGUUUUAACGCCUCUGUCCCUAAGCCUGAGCAGAUGUCGUAUGAGGAAUGGCAGACCUUGGAGAUAAAUGUAGGUGAUGAACUAGAAUUUGAUGUAUUCCGCUUAGAUUCAGAUUCUGCUGGAGUGUUCUGCAUUCGAGGAAAACUGAAUGCCGCAAGUUUGCAACUUAAGAGCUCUGUAGUUUCUGAAGAUGUAACAGAAGUUGGCAUUGAAGAGGUUGCUGAAAAAACUUCAAAGAAGAAGAAAAAGAAGAAGAAGAAAGACACAGAAGCAUAUGCAGCAGUUGAUGGUGUCACAGAGCUAUCAAAUUGUGCAGAUGUCACUCCAGAGGAAGGAACAGACCUACUAUGUGGUGAUUCUGUGAAUGUCCUCUGUGAAGAAGAGCCUAAGAAGAAGAAAAAGAAGAAGAAAAGGGACCAGGAGGAUCAGGACCCUGUUUUCCAAGCCAGUGACUCCAGUGGCUACCAAAGUGACCAUAAGAAGAAAAAAAAGAAAAGGAAACACACUGAAGACAUUGAUGUCGCGUCACCUAAGAAGAGGCAGUGACGGUCUUUUCUGUUGUUGACAUACUUACAUAUCGAUGGAUAGAUGUUGGGAAAGGCAGGACAUGCUGAGAUAUGUGGGAAGUGCACAGACACUUGAUUAGUAAUUGGAGGGUUUUGUACUGAAAUCAUACAAGUGACUGUGUAAAUUUCAAAUAAACCAGGAUUAUUAAGUAUCAUUUUAUUAUAUACAGUGUAAAAUGUUAACAACUGCUUUCAAUCCUGUGUCAGAUGUUAACAUUCUACAUAAAAUUUUACAUUCUCAAUAUUUGCCAGAGAACUUUAUAAUACUUUCAAUUUUUUUCUGAUAAUAAAAAUAUGUCUUUAGUUGGAACAUGAUUUUUUUUUUAAAGCUCAGUGCAUUUACUAGUUUUAAAUUUCCCUUAAACAGUAUUUCUAUUUUACUGAAUAUGUAUAGCUAAAGAAUAUCUAGAACUCUUAUGUACCCUGUGGCUGUUACUGUUGAAUGUAUGGUAGGUGGGAAACUCAUUUUCUUCUCCUAGAAGUGUGUGUGUGUGUGUGUGUGUGUGUGUGUGUGUAUGUGUUUUCUCUAACCCUGAGACUGUAAUGGGAAGGGCUGUUAACUUUUACCUCAUGUCUCUACAGUCUUCAUUUUGUUAUGUAUGGAUCAUGAGCAAGAUGAAGAUAGGAUAAUGUGGUUCUUACUAAUUGAAAAUUUCCAGUAAGUUUUUAAUGAUUAGGGUUAGGCUACUAGAAUUGCUUUGAGGAAGAGACAACCAUUAUUGCAUUUAUUGAUAAAAGUGUGGAAUAUGUUGUAACUAACCAGAAGAUGGUUAUGAAAGGGUAAGCUGAUUGAGGCUCAUAAUCCAUAGCCAUGCAUUUACAGACUUUAAUGUCUAUAAUGUAUUUUAUUGAGGAACAAGGAUAUAAAGUCAAUCAAGAGAUGUAAUUCUUCCUCCAUUAAGCAACAUGGGAGAAACAUUUGUGUGCACACAGCAUAAUUAAGGAACUAUUAAAAGGCUAGUAAAUACUAUGAAGUAAAUACUAUGUAGUAAAUACUAUGAAGAAAAUGUUGACCACUCUUUAUUUAGUAUCUGUACAUACACAGGGGUAGGGUUGACUCUCCAUGUCAGUUACUGCUGUUGUCCCUGACUGAGUAGCAGAUACAGUGUGAAUAUUAAUGUUUGAUAAAGAGUAAAUUUUGCCAACUGUUUCUUGAUUGAAUCUGGUAUAGAGUCUAAGAAAUGGGAGCAACUGAAGUGUGCAGACGGAGGAGGGGAGCUCCAGAUAACUGGAGGGAAGGUCCAAACCGUCUCUCUCUAUGACUCUUCCAGAUUGACACGGGUUGUCAAUCAGUAUAAAACGGGAGAUUUUAAAGAAGUACAAAAAAACAAAGAUUGUAAAAUGUCUUGGUAUUUAUAUUGGGGAAAUUUUAACAUUUUUGGUACUUUUUUGCUUAACAUUUUUGCUAUGGUGAUUUAAGUAAAAUACUAAUUUUAGCCUGUUUCCAAAUAAAAAUUGUACAUGAGGCUCACAUUACCUUUCUUUUGACAAUGCUAUUUAGAUGAAUAUGUAAGUUGAAAAGGGAUUGAAAUAAGUUUUACUGUUCGGAUUUGAUGUAACAUAUCCAGAAAAUGUUCAGUAAAUGUUUCCUUCAUAUUUUAGGGGCUGUAUAUAUAAUUAUAAUUAUGUUUGACACAGAUAAUUAAUUUUAAGUCACAUAAUUCAAGCCUUCAUAUAUACCAAGAAAACAUGUCAAAGUUUAUGCUAUUGAUGAAAAAAGUACGUUACCGAUUAGCAAAAAUAACUAAAUUCCCACAUUAUUUUUAUUUUGCCUCAAAUGAUACUCUUGAGUUUGAAAAGAAUUUGCUUGUUAGAAGAAGUGGUGACCCCUAGGACUUAUUGUCCUCAUCCUCAUGAGUAAAGAUUUUUCUCUGCAUGAUUGUUAUAUUACACCAGGGAUCUAAGUGGGUAUAGCCUAAUCACAGUAGCCCUUUAAAAUCCAAAUUUUCCAUAUCUAGUAGCAAAAGAAGAAUUGGGAGAAAUACAGGCAUAAUAAAAACUUGAUGAGAGAAUCUCCAUGACUCUAGAUGAAGGGGAUCCUGUAACCCAAGGGUGGGAGCUAAGAGCCAAGAGACAGCAGGAAAAUGGUCUUACAUCCACAACUGAGUUCUGGCAGGGGCAAGAAUGACUCACAGCAGAACACCUUGUUCCAGGUCCUGGAGUUAAAUACUCAGCUAGACCUUGAUGUGUGUGAGCAAAGAACCUACCUGUACCGUGUAGACGUCUUUGUGCUUUGUGUGUUCCUGUAUGUGAUGCAUGCUGAAGCCAGGGGUUAACAUUGGGUGUCUUUCUCAGUCUCCUGCUUAGUGUUUGAGAUGAUCUCACUGUAUCUUGAGCUCACAGAUCCAGCUAGGCAGGCUGGCCAGUGAGCUCCAGGGAUCUUCCUGUCCCUAUAUUCCCAGUUGCUGGGAUUAUGGGUAUGUGCAGCUGCCAGCCUUUUUUCUGUGAGUGCUGGGGAUCAAGUCGAGGUCCUUGUGUUGCAUAGCAGUUACUUAGAGGACGAGUUGUCAGUCUACUGACAAUACAGUUCUAUAAAAUGAUUGGUUUUUCCUAAUCAUUUUAACUUGCUUUGUGCAGUGGCAUUACAUUUUUCUCAUUAUAGCCGUCCAUAGGUCUUUUAUGGAAUUUGUUUCAUGU